AUGUAUGCUUCAGAGGCUUUGGUGGAUACUGGUCAGCAAGAUGAACAGGUCAACAGGAAGCGACAAGAAGUCAUCCAAUCACGGAUUCUAGUCAGUCAGUCAGUUCAGUCACUCAGGCCGUUGCUCACCUUCACCAAGAAGAAGCUCAGUCAGUCGGAUCAAUCACCUCUCAGCAUGCUCAGGUUAGGUCAUGCAAAAGUUGUCAUUCCAGCAAGAUACGGUGGACUCCCGCCAAACGCUGUGAUCACCCUGCCACAACUGAGUGGAGGGGGAGGUGCUCUUAACAUUAUCUAUCUCACUGCUGUAUUAACUACAAAGGGUAGUGAACAGUAUGCACCUGAUCCUACAGAAUAUCCAUAUUUAGCAUUGAUAGAAGUUAAACAAGAAAAGAAUGUCAGUAACUACUACAACGGAGUGUUUGCGUCUCUCUCCUGGGUGAUGACAGUGUCCGCAUCACUAGCGCAGGAGCAGACAGGCAGACCCAGGAACAACUCAUUCCUAGUGUACGGUGGGUUGGACUCCUUCAAUGGUACUAGAACAGCUCAGGCGCGGAAAGUUAAGAAAAUUGUGACUGAUCUGAUGGGUUCAGAAGACAACAAGUAUUUUCCAAACCUGGUCCUCCUCAGAUUGGAAAGCUCCUUCCUCAAGAGCAGAACACUGAGGCCAGCUGUGUUCAACGUGGGCAAGUUGAGUUUGAGGAGUUUGAUGGUUGGAUGGGCCGUGGAUCAUUAUACUGGUCUGCCUCUCUCUCGUCCAGUAGUGUUUCCUGUAAAGAGUUUAAGCUCAACACAAUGUUCACAUUACGCUCUAGUAGAGUUUAAGGAACAAUUCUGUGCUGUCCGUUAUAUGUCCUCAGAGAAAAACUUUCGUCUUUGGGAAGGGGCUUUACUGGUGGACAAGAAGAAUUACGUUACUGGGCUGAUGCAGUUUACCACUUACCUGUCCAAGAAAGAUGUUGAUAGGGCUUUCAUGGUCGUGGUACGUCUCAGCUACUUCCAAACAUUCUGGGAGUUUUAUGUGAUUGACGCUAACAAAACUUUCCUAGAAACGAAGUUUAAAGAUGAUAUCACAUUUGAUCCUUGGAUAACUCCAGGAGGAGAGAAGACAACUGUAAUCAGUCAGCAGCCUGACUUGUUUCCCAGGCAACAAACUGUCUGCUACAUCAAUAAUGUUUCUCUGUAG